GUAGGUCGACUCGGAAGUUUCUGCUCUCUUGGGAAUCUAGAGACGGCGGGGACGCAGGCUAAGCUAAUUCUGGAAACGGUUUCAUACGUGUUUCAUAUAUAUUUAGAUCUAUUCUGUUAGGACUAUUUGUUGGAAAGAUUUGCGCACUUGAGUCGAAGGAUACCACACUUCAUUUCAAAUCAAUGGUGUUCUACAGGGGAACUAUGCUGGAUAUGUCAAAGUAAACAUUACAUUUCACAGAUUUAAGGUCAUGCUGACAACUGAAGAGUGGGUUAUUGUAGCGUUCUCUGUAUUUGUGAUAGCUAUCAGACUAGCCUAUUUCUUGCACCGGCGCUGCCUGUCCAAGCCAAGCCCGGCUCUGCUGCGGGCCCAGGCUACAGGUGAUGAGUGUGCUGGGGUUCGUCUCCUGUCCUGGCGCCCCUUGGAGAACUGGGACGCCCCAGAGCGAGAGGGACCUCUCGCAGCUGAGCCGGAGGAGGAGCAUUUCGCUCCACCAUCGUAUAGUUCCCUCCAGCUUGACCUGCCUCCUCCCUACCCAAAGGACGGUCAACCUGCAGAGUCAGAUUUCCAGGACGGUGCACCACCCUCCUACUCAGAGAUCUGUUUCGACCAGCAGCACCAAGCACAACACCAACACACAGUGGUGUCUGAGCCUCAGCGGCACCAAGCACAACACCAACACACAGUGGUGUCUGAGCCUCAGCGGCACCAAGCACAACACCAACACACAGUGGUGUCUGAGCCUCCCACUCACGAGCUGCCCCCGUACCCUCUCCAGCAGCAGUGGUGCUGCCCCCGUACCCUCUCCAGCAGUAGUGGUGCUGCGCUGCCCUGCCCCCAAACACUCGUCCACAUAGAGGUGACCAGACUCUAGGGUUGCCAGAUGGGACUGGCAGGAGAAUCUGCACACCAUGCGUGCUGUUUACACCAAAAUAAGGACGCGUUUUUCUUCAACAAAAAGCAAAGUAUAAAGUAUAAAUACUCUUUUGAGUCCCGUGAGGGAGAUUUGGUCUCUGCAUUUAU